AUGUUCUACUUCACGUCCUGUGAACAACUCAUGGCUGCAGUAACAGGACAGGGUCAUGCUCACAGUGCAAUCUUCUUCUGUCGAUGUACAGGUACAGCAGCAGCUACUCAAGAACUACUGUUUGUAGUGAAGUCUUCCGAUCUCACAGAAACGAGUCAGCUGGGGUCAGGAUACAACGAUAUUGUCCUCAGCGCCUUAACAGGGAUAAGCAUUGCACGAGGACUGGUCCAGCCUGAAGAGAGUGUAGCACAUCACCAUGAACUGUUUCUACAGGAAAUUGAAGCUGUGGAUGAGUACUGGGGGCCAACAUUUAGGGGAGUUUACGAGAGUGGGGAUCACGAAGGGUUCUUGGAGAGAUUAGAACAGAGGAUUAAAAAACAUGAUGGAGAUAUUGAGAAAAUGUGUAGUCAUCAUUAUCAAGGUUUUAUCGACUCUGUGCGUGAUCUAUUACGUGUGCGCAGCGAUGCAAGUUUGUUAAAACAGGAAGUUUAUAAUAUAGACCAGGAAGUAAGAACAAGCUGCAUAAAACUUAUCCAAGGAUCUGAAAAGCUGGUGAAGGCGCGCACAGUUGAAGCCAAUAUUUCUUCCACAAUCUCUGCGCUCUCUCUUUGCUUACCCGUUCUUCAGAUGUUUGCAAAGUUAUCAAAACAAAUGCGGGAAAAGAAAUAUCAUCCGGCUUUGAAAACUUUGGAACAGCUUGAACAAACUCAUCUUCCUAGGAUAGCCAAUUACAGAUUUUCUAAACAAAUGCGGGAACAGAUUCCAAAACUCCGGGAAUCCAUCAAAGAAGCGUCUAUGAGAGACUUGAAGGAUUUCUUGGAGAACAUUAGAAAAUAUUCGUCAAAAAUGGGAGAAAUUGCUAUGAGACAUGCAGCAGAGUUGAUAGACCUAGAUGAUGGAACUGUUUCAAGCCCCAGCAAACCCAGGCAACCAGAACCAAAUCCUUUCACAGGAGAGAUUGAGUAUGAAGCCCUUUCUGAGUCCCAAUACAGUGCUGAAGAGGAGCUAAGUGCCCCGGAUUUAGUAGAUUUCUCCCCGGUAUACCGAUGUCUUCAUAUCUACACUGUUUUGGGGGAAAGAGAAAUAUAUGAAAGGUAUUAUCGAAAGCAGCGUGCCCAACAGUCUGCUCUGACCCUACAGCCACCUAACAAUAUGCAUGAAGAGAUAGAUGGAUACAGGACAUAUUUCCACGGAAUUGUAGGUUUCUUUGUAUGCGAGGAUCAUAUUCUGAAUACUGGUGGAGGACUAGUUAGCCGAGGAUACCUAGAAGAAGUUUGGUCUGGAGCACUUACUAAGAUUGUUAUUACGCUUCGUACGAACUCUGCGUACUGUACCGAGGCUGCAACGAUGCUGAAGAUAAAAAAUCUGAUAAUGUUAUUUGCCAGCACACUCAGAAGUUACGGUUACACAGUGGACAAACUAUACCAACUGCUCCAGGAGCUACGGGAUCAUUAUAACGAGGUUCUGAUGCAGAGAUGGGUUUCAAGAUUUAGAGAUAUUUUUGAUUCGGAUAAUUAUCAUCCUAUACAGGUAACAACUCCUGUUGAGUAUGAAAUGAUCACAUCCUCCUUCCCCUACCAUAGUUCAGCUCUGGACCUUCAGGAGUUCCCUAAACAGUUCCCUUUCUCGGCGAUGGUUCCAAGGGUGUAUACUGAAGUCAAGGAGUUUAUAAUCUCAUGUUUGGAGUUCUCACGUGAUCUUCAGCUUACACAGACGGAUCUAGACGAAACUGUCAGACGUUCAACCAACCUUCUUCUCACGAGAACAUUGUCUGGGUGUCUCUCAUCCUUAAUCAGAAAAUCUGGUCUGAGUCUUCUGCAGUUAAUACAGAUAGUGAUAAAUACAGUACACUUAGAAGAUACAAACAUAUACCUGGAGGACUAUAUUACAGAGGUUACAGAGGUGGAAGAUAUUAAUCAAGUUGCCAGGCUUCAAGCCAGAUCUAUGUUUAAGGAUAUCCGAGCUGAAGCUGAGGAGCAUAUUUAUAAGAAACUGGUUUCUAAAAUGGAUGAGUUCCUGGAGCUCGCAAAUUAUGAUUGGAUGCUCAGUGAGCCCCGUGGGACUGCAUCCCCCUGGUUAAUGGACCUGAUUGCCUUCUUGAAAUCAAUAUUUGAUUCCUUCACUAAUCUACCGACUAGGCUCGCCCAGAUGUGUUGUAUGACGUCAUGUCAACAUCUCGCCAGAUCGAUAAUGAACAUGAUGACCUCGGACAGCUUGAAGAGUAUCACCACUGGUGCCUUAGGCCAGCUUGACCUCGACCUUUGUCAGUGUGAGACGUUUGCUGUGAGUGAACCAGUUCCAGGUUUGGAGGAAGGUAUCCUACUAAUGUGUUUUUCCGACCUACGUCAGCUAUUGGAUCUAUUUGUUGCCUGGGACUGGGCAACCUAUUUCGCGGAUUUUGGUAAACCCGAGAAAAAUAAAUAUCAGAGAGUACAGCCGGCCACCGCCCUGCUAAUCCUAGACAAGUUAAGGGAGGCGGAUAAAAAGUCCAUGUUUGGGAAUAUUAGUUUGAACAAGAAGGAGAGGGACAAGGUCAAGCUCCUGGAGGUGGUCACCAAGCAACUGAAGGGGUUGGUGGUUCAGACAUCUUCAUAGCAGAGGUUCUAGUGGGGUGGGGGGCAACAAUAACAUUGGGCACUGGGCAGAGUGUAGAUUUGGCAAUAAUACAUGAAUACGGAAAAAUUUGUAAUUAGAAAAUUGAAAUUAGACCAAAUACUACUUGAACGAU